CCUCUUCCUCUUUCAGAUCACUGCCAUCUCCAGCUCGAUUUCUAAUUCAUCCGUCAUGACCUCACAAGCUUAUCUUUGUAAGCAUCAUGUUGAUGGAUUCUCUGCUGUUCUAGUUCACGAGAAGAAUAUAUUCAAGGGAUUACAUUGGACUAGUGUUGUUGUGGAAUUGAAAUUGAAUUGCUUUGUUUGUGAGAUAUUUCACCAUCUUCGUCAAACGUGCCCAGAACCAACAGCUUACCUCAGCAUCUGAUGACAUUUUUUUGAUUUUGCAAUCUGGAUUAGGACAAGAAGUGGAGUAUAGACUGUGGGAUCAUAAACAAUUUUUAAGGAAUGUCUCAUGUUGUGUGCUUGUCAUCUCUCUAAGGACACUGCUUUUAUUAGGUGAGUUUUUUUCCUUCUCUUCAGCUCUGAAUCUCAGGCUUUCAUGUGAUAAAUGGCAAUUGGAAACUGUUUAGUAUGUCCUUCUGUGCUCAGUUUAUAUGUUUCGCCUCCUCUACAUAAACUCUUUAUGUUCAAUAAUUUUAUUGACUCUGU